AUCAUUUUGUACCAAUUUUCUUAUAACAAUGUUAAUAAUCAUUUUCUAUUCUUUUCCAUUCAGACCGAGUUAAGUCACCAAGGAGAUGACUUUACGAAGCAAAUGUGGGACAUGUACGCGACCUUUGAAGAUAUGAUCUCAGGUUCAGGUCAACGGGAUGAAAGGGCAAGAACAACACUCUUGGAAUUAUCAUCAACCUCAUCAUCUUCAUCAUUGAACACUCAUCUUGGUGGUGUUGGUAAAAAUGUCAUCGAUAGCACUCUUGUUGGCACCAAUUCUUUGUCAUCAAAUUGUAGUAUUGUUAAUCAAGAGGUUGACAGUUUAAUUAGUAGUAGUGAUAUUAGUAGUAGUGCCAAUGGAUCACCUGAUUCGGUGUCUGAUGAGAAUGAGAUUAGUAUGAUUAAAGCUGAAACAAUUAGCACUCAAAUUGUUGAGAAAAAUUCUGUUCCUUCAAAUGAAUUAGACUCACAAUUAGAAUCGACAUCAAUCAUCUUACCUGACGAAAGUUCAAUCAAAAGUGUCGAUAGUAAUAAUAAUAACGGUACUGUUUCCACGGAUAAGACUAAUUGUCAUCAGAGAUUUCGACCUAUUCCAACAGGUAAAGGUAAAUUGUUACCAACUCGACAAUCAACUGUUGAUAAAUUGGUUGACAAAUCAGUAGCACCAACGACGAUAAACCUCGGCUAUCAAAGUGAUUCCGGUUCGAACUCAUCACUGGCCAAUCCUCUUCUGGACACUAUUAGUUGCUUAACUUCAAGUGACCCUUAUAGUGAUUCGGAUGAUUAUGAUGUGACCCGAAAUAAGGUCAUUAAUCAACGGGCUCGACGUCGAUGUCGUCGUAUGUUAUCCGAUCGGUCGAUUCGUUGUUCACCUAAUCAUUUACAUUCGUGCUGUUCAUCGGACGCUGAUUCCAUUGGCUAUGCAGGUUCUAAUUCAAUCGAUUCAGGUUAUAAAAGUCUUUGUCCCACACCCGAAGUACCAGAAUCAAUUUCGAAUCUCUUACCCUACAAGGUACCAGAAUUGAAGAUCGAUGAUAAAGUCAAUUCGACAGCGAAAAUAGCAGAAUGUAAUUCUCUGGUUUCAUCAAACUCUUCGUCGUCAUUAUCGGCUUUCCAACGAUUAGGUGGAUUUAAUUCAAGAAAUUCUUCAAACUUUCCUUACAUUAAUUCACCAUCAUCAUCAACAAUUUCCUCUGUAUCGAUGAAAUUCCGGGAUAAUCCUCAGAUUCAAACUCUAAAUCGUGAUCAUCCGAUUCCAAGUAGCUCAUCAUCAUCCUCGAUUUCUGGAUCGUACGGUUCGAGAGGUGUGAAUGUUUCCUCUCGAUUGAAAAGUCAAACAACCGAAGCUCAUCUUGAACAUUUAUUAACACUUCGUCAAUCCCUUAUAAGUGCAAUUCAAAAAUGCGAAUCAUCAUCAACAUCAACUCCAACCGAUUCUCGAGUUGCUAGUCCAGUGAUUUCAAGUCGAUCAACAAGUCCAGCAUCAACGGUAAUUCCCAGGACAGUUAGUAAUUUAAAGAUAACACCAUCAACACCAACCGGAGGUACAUCAUAUUCACCAUCAUCAUCAUCAAUUUUAUCAUCAACAACAUUUGAAAGUAACCAAAUGUUACAACAAAGCUCAAUCCAUCGUACAGGUUGUUCAUCGCCCCAAACAGCAACAACAAUCACCUCGAAUGGACCAACAGGUAAACAUUUGUCAUCUUCAUUAUCACCUGAGCCUUGGUAUUCACAACAUCAUUACUCACCUUCACCAUCACAUCACCAACAUCAUCAAUACAAUUACUAUUCACAAUCUCAAUACAGUGCGACCGUUAACCCAUCUCGAUUUACUCGAACCAUUAAUAAUCCCCAAAUAAGCAUCUCCGAUCAUCAAUCACCCAAACCAAUGACAAGUUCAUCAUCAUUAUCAAUUGAUUGUGAUCUUAUUACACCAACGCAAUCAUCAGAUAUCCUAAAUGAAUAUAAAGAUCAACAAAAUUAUUCCUCAUCAACAUCGGCAACAUUUAAUAAUAAUACUAAUGGUAAAUCAGUCCGAUUUGAAGAGGUGAAGUUAACACCAUUAACAAAUUAUUCACCUUUAAAUAGUUUGAUAAUGUCCCUUGAUUGUAGCACAAUUGAUUCAAAUGAUUAUCCCGAUGAAUUAAAUCCAUUACAACAAUCGAAAGAGAGAUCAACCUCAUCAAUGAGAUCCAACUCUUCCGUCUCAUCAAUUGUGACCUCAGGCCUUGAGACGGGAAUCGUUGAUUGUAUCAAUGAUACUGGAAGCAAUAAUAGUACUAAUAGUAACAGUUUAAAUAGUAAUUGUAAUUCAACAAUCAAUAGUAAUAGUAACACCGAUUUUACCAAUAAUAAUGUUAAUGGUAAUGGCAAUAAUAUUGAUGCUAAUAACGGUAUUAAUUAUAAUAUUUCAUCAUCUUCAUCAUCAUCAUCAUCAGUUAAAUCAUCAACAGGAACUUUUUCAACUAAAUCAAUAUUAAAAGAUCCAAUUUGUGCCAAUCUAAGAACCGCAAUUGAAUCAGGACAAUUUAAUGCUGCUCAAUCAAUAGAGAAUGAGAUUGAUUCACUUCUCUAUGGUAAACAUUUUAACGAUUCAAUGUCACAAUUAACUAAUCAUCGGGAAAAUAUUACAAUUGAAUCACAAUAUUUACCAGCAUCCAAAGAGAUUCCAACUGAUUUAUAUCAUAAAUCACAAUCAACGAUUGAUGAUCCAUUAGAUAUUCCCUAUGUUAAAAUGAUCGAGGAAAAAUAUCGAACUACAAAUAUUAGAACCAAAUUAAAGGAUCACGAUGAUACCUUUACAAGUCAUUUCAGUGAUAAGAUUAAUGGUAAAAGUAAUGAUAUCAUUGAUCCAACCAGAACCGUUGAUGAUGUUAAUGUAACUAUGAAUUACCAAAGGAAAUCACCUUCGAGUUAUCUUGUUAAUCAUCAGGGUGCUAAUCAUUUUGAAAGUCAACACGUUUCCAUUUAUCACCAUGAUAAUCAUUCUCAUUACCAAAAAGAGCAUCAAUUGCGAAAUUGUUCAUCAAAGGAUUUGGUGGAUUCCCGGUUAGAUUCAAUGUCGAAAAGUAAAAUCAGUGAAAUGGCCAAAUGUAUGUUAGGUAUUCUCGAUGAGAUUGAGAUGAAAAAUUCAAUUGAAAAUCGUUUACCUAAAUUGGAAACUGGAUCAGUUAGACUUCGGGAAAAGGUCAAUUAUUCGAAAGAUAGACCUAGACCAAGUUCUGCUGAGUUUAGAGGAUCAUUAGAGUUUAAUUCUGUUGUAAUGAAUCGUAAUAACAUGGAAAAUGAAAGUGAAUCAUCUUAUAACUCUCUUCCUGAAUAUCAUAUUUACGAAGAGGUUGCUUACGAUUAUAUGAUGAGAGGCGAACACCCGAUUCGAUCAGCAUCACCUUCAUCCAGUAUCGUCACUAAUCAACGUAAAGAAAGGCCACCAGGUCGAAGGAUCUUACCCCCUAAUCCAAGUGGAUCGACGAGUAUGUUGACUAAUUUACGAUUCUCUGGUAAUCCGAGAGGAUCUUCAUCCAUCUAUCGAUCAUCAUUAAAAGAUUUGUUCACUAAAUCUUCCGAUGGAAACAAUAACGAUAAUCAUUUGUCUAGAACUGCUGGACGAUAUGAGACCGAAUUAAAAUGCUUCAGAUCUUCAUCCUCAUCGCCGUUAUCAAGAAUAUCAACAACAACCAACAACAAUCAAAUCUCAUCUUCGACAAUCAAUAAACCAAACGGUCAAUCGACUCGAAGAAGUUGGAGUCGAGUCACAGAACAACCAAAGCAACGGGGUAACCUUUACUCUCUAUUCACUGAUCCAAACCAAAGGAUUAACAUUGGAAGAUCAUUGCGAAAGGAUUACAAUUACAAUCAUUCAUCAACAAUUAACCAUUUGCAGAUUUACAAUCAAAUGGAUCAAUUUUCAUCAUCAUCAACCUCAUCUGAAUAUGGAUUUAAAAAUAACUAAUCUAUCAAAUUGAUGAGAACCAUUGACUUUUUUAAAGAAAACAUUUCCUAUUCAAUCUGAUCCUUUUUUGUUAAGUUCUCGUUGUCUUUUUAAUUGUAACAAUUAACAUCUCUUUGUACUCAUAACAUGUACUUGUAUCUGCUUUUUUUUUGCAUUUCUAUCUUAUUAAUUGUAGUCAAUCAAACUACACUCAUUUGAUAUUAGCAAGCGAGUGAAUCAUAAUUAGAUUGUACUCAUUUUUGUUUACUGUUUGUAAAUCAAUUCAAUUUAUUUCAAUUCGUUUUUAUAUCAUUAUUACCAAGUAUUAACUUUGGUAAUUAUAAUAAAUGAAUCAACAAAUUCUACAAAAUUGUUCAACAAGAUUAGUUUGUUCAGAUUGGAGUUCCGUUUUAAAAGUUCCAUCAACAAGUUGCAUUCUCAGAAAAUUAAAUUAUCACAUUGUUUGGAAAAGUUCACAAUUAAAUUUAGAAGCAUAACUUAUAAUAAAAUUCAUACACCAGAUGGCAGAACGUGUCGUGUU